UUGGCAGCCCUGCGUGUAGUAAACAUGUCGGCCGAUCAGCUGGGAGGAAAUUCGAACACAAACAUGAAUUAAAAGAUGCUAAAAGAUGAGGAAAGUGAGGACAGAGAAAGUGAUGGCUCAUGUCAGCGACUACUUGAAGAGGAGAAAUCUCGAGAGUGGGGGACCAGGAGGAAGCGUCACGCUAACCGAACAACAGGUGGGGAUUUUGGGCCUGGUUUCUCCCUCGGCCCCCAACACCUUCACCUUCUCCACCACCUCCACCCAGCACACGCAUGUUGAUCACCAGUAUGUCAGGCUAAAAUCGUGGAUGAUGGAGGCCAGUGAGCCAUGCCGAUCCGAAUUGUCCCAAGUUCUGUUUCCGCUCUUUGUUCACCUGUACCUUGAGCUGGUAGCGGCCACAGGGAGACAAGCGGCAAACAAGUUCUUCAAGAAACAUUAUCAGGUGUUCUUGGUGAACCGUGAUUAUGAAAAUACACUCUCUCAGGUUGUAAGUGCAUCUUCUAUAAAUUCUUCGGGAGACAUGAAUUCUUCUCCUGUUAUACAGAAUCUCAAGAGUGGCAAGUACCUGGUACGUUUAAGUGAACUGACUUUAAAUUACUUUCUGCGAUAUCUGAAGUCGAGUGAGAACCCCACACUGUUGCAGAUAUUCAAUACAUACAUUGAAGUUGAGGUGGAUGAGUCAGGUGCUGGAAGUUCAGGAGCUGUGUUCAGAGGGCCCGAUCUGAACACUUCUUCCUCAACAGCUUUAGUUAAUGGUCACACUCCAGACUCAUUGUCCUCUGAUGCCUCUGCUUAUGCAGCUGAUGGAAUGGAUUGUAGCCCAGAAGAACUGCGCAAAGUGAAAGACAUCAUGGCUCGCGUUCGGUCGGCCCAGCCCACUGCCCCUUCAUUGUGUGUGUAUACGGUCACAAAUGCUUAUAAUGGCCUGAGUUGUGCUAAUGUGAAUGCGGAAGGACAGCUUUUAGCCUGUGGGUUUGAAGACAGUGUAAUUAAAUUGUGGAAAUUGACACCCCCUUUGCAUGAUAUAGGGUUUGGAAAGAAAAAAACAGUAGUUGGACCCAGAGGUGGGAUAUCGCACACAUUACUUGCAUGUGAUGAUUCUCGCAUUGAAGAUAGUGGUGAAAAGGAUGAUGAUGACAAAGAAGAAGAAGCCACAGCUACCGAGAUCCGUAAUGGAGGAAGGAGAAGAAAUCGUGGUGGGGAGCUUUUUGCUCUUCGUGGACACAGUGGGCCUGUGCUGGACACAGCAUUCAGUCAUGAUUCAAAUUACUUGUUAUCAGUUAGUGAAGAUUGCUCCAUGAGACUGUGGGACUUAAAUAGUGGUAAUGCAGUGGCUCUGUAUAGAGGUCAUUCAUAUCCUGUGUGGUGUGUGGGUGUAGCCCCUCUCACUAUGUACGUGGCAACGGGCUCAUAUGAUACAACUGCAAGAUUGUGGUCCACGGAUGCAACAUACCCCCUACGCACCUUUUCAGGUCACACAAGAGCUGUAGAUUGUGUGGCUUUCCAUCCCAAUGGCACUUACUUAGCUACUGGAUCCUGUGACCGCAGUAUUAGACUCUGGCAAGUCACUGACGGUGAUGUAGCACGUAUCCUUCCUCACCACAAGUCAGCAAUCAACACUAUGUCAUUUUCUCCAAAUGGAAAGUACCUGGCCUCUGGCAGCGAAGACGGCACAGUUGUUGUCUGGGACCUCGCUGGUGGACGCGUUAUGACAGAAAUUAGCAGUAGUAAUCAAGUUAAUAGUGGGAACACUGGCACAGGUACUCCUCACCAAGAUUCAAUCAUGAAUGUGUGUUGGUCUACUGACUCAUCCCUCCUUGUGUCUGCAUCCAGUGAUGGCUGUGUGCGGACAAGUCAUCUAAAGCAAACCCCAGCAAGCAAUGAUGGAACCAAUUCCUGGGAACUGAACGAAGUUGGCCAGGUUCAGUGCAGUGGAAGUACAAAUGGAGGAAGCGGCAAUAAUGGAGCGUCGGGAGUCCUGCUCCACACGUCUCUAACGUCUCACAAUUACCUCACUUCUGUCAUUGCUCUCGAUGUGGAGAGAUAGUUGGUCUGCGGGCCUCGGUGAUUCUGUCAUAUGCCCAUCGCUACUUGAUAGGUGGUGCUACAAAUAUUUUUAAAUUUUAGUGCAGAAAGAGGGGAAUGCCCACAGACAUCUGAUUGUCACUUUUAUUUUUUCUUUGCAAGGAACUUCUUUCUUUUCUACAUUCGUGUAUAUUCAGAUUUUAGACUUUGAUCAUUGUUGUAUUUCACUUUGAUUAGUCCCUGGUAACAAGUGCUCGCAACUUUCAUGAACAGAUGUAAGCUCAAGUAUUCUUUAUGUUGUCUCACUUUUUGCAUCAUAUAUGACAAAAGUUCUUUGAGAGUAUUAAAGUAAUAACUGCAUGUCUUUCAUGGCUUUUGUGAACAAAUGUAGACUCAAGCAGUCUUUAUGUUGUAUCAGUAUUUAUAUUACAUCUGGCAAAAGGUAUUUAGAAUGUUAAUUAAUAUUUGUUUAUCCAUAUCUUCCUCCAAAAUCUUUUGUCACAUGUUCAUUCUCAGUCUUGCUUUUGUUUUCUUUUCUUUUUUUCUUUUUUUAAUCUGUCUGUUAAGCUGCUUAUUUAUCUCUCAUACUUUUGCAUAAUCAUAACAUCUCACCAAAAUUAAGUUCUUCAGUUGCUCUUCUUUUCUCUUUCUCUCUCAAAGUGACGUGCUAUUCAUCAUGUCUUCCCUAUUUUGUGUACGACUCUCUACCCCCAAAAAUGCAUCCAUUGUGUUCAAAUUUUUGGUCAGAAGUGCUAAGCCACCACUGUAAUCCCUCCAUGAUCUUACAGAUCUCAUUUUCAUUUUUUAUUACCAUAAACAACCUUAAUAUGUUUGUUUUUAUUUUGAAGAAAAAAAAAAAACAAUCCUUUAGUCAUAGUGCAACAUUUCAAAAAGCUGUACAAAACCAGUUGGUUCAAUAUAUCUUGUAUUUUCGUAAAAGUCCGCAAAGAUUUUUGAAUUGCAUUCAUUUUGUAGUUCUUGGAUAUAAUUACAGUUGUUUAACUA